CUCCAGACGGCUGGGGAUCGGCUUGGCCACCGCUGAAUCCGAUCCUGCUCCCGUCGUUCCUCGCCGUGAUCGAUUCUUCCUCUCGACCGGACGCGCGGACACCAGCCAUGUCCUCACGAACGGACGGUUCCUGAUCGGUUUGAAGUCACGUUGUCGCGGAGAAGCGCCCAGCGACGGUUCCGUGGAACGGUAAAUCGAGCUGCACCGAAUACUUGAUCGGCUCUCGACCAAGGAGAACCAGUACUCCCGUGGGGACUCCUAGCGAUCGACUGCAAUCGGAACCGGUACCUGGAGCGCGCCAGUUUUGAACUCGUCGUUUAGGCAGCCGUACACGUCCGAAUCCUCUGGGUUUCUCUGGCGAAUGAAGUGACAUUGACCACGAUCAGCAGCAGCGAUCGGUAUACGCCAUUUUCUGAUGUGGAAUAUCUGAACACGGCCCGUUCAGAGAAGAUCCAUAAAGCAACAUUCUUCGAUGAUGUUGAAGGCAAUAAUUUUCCUGCUUCUGCACUUGUUUUGCGACAUCGCGUUGGCAGCGAAGUGCGGAAGAGUAUGGCUGACAGUUUCCUCCUUGUGGAAACCGAUCGCUGCCAGUGACAAAGUGGUCGACACUGAGCUUGAAGUGAAUUGGGAUAUCGAUUGUCCAUCUGAUACAGGAUACCCGGAUACCAUCAAGGUGUUUAAUACUGAUCCAGAGCGUGAUACGAAGCUCAAGCCCAAGUUGGUUUUGACUUCGUUGCAAUUCCCUCGGGGCUAUUAUCGAACGAACAUCACAGUUGGUCACCCACCACUUCCUGGUGGAUGGGACACCAAGGAUGGCGCCACGCAUCCUGGUCCUCAUUGUUUGAAACAUUAUGCUGCACUUUACAAGGAUGGCGAAAUCCUCACCAGUUCCUGUUUGCGGAUAUGGCCGACAUGGAUGUACGAUUUAAGAAAGCUAUUAGGAAGGCUACCGAUUGGAAGCUUGAUGAUUCCCGGGACCCACAAUUCAGGAUGCUACAAACAUGGAGACCUGUCGAGAAGGUUGGCCUAUCAACGAUAUUUAUUAACGCAGGACCGUGACGUAUGGACGCAGCUGGUGCACGGUAUCAGGUAUCUGGACAUCAGGGUGGGUUAUUAUCCAUCCAAUCCGAAUGGGACCACCAACGCUGAGGAAAACAACCAAAUAAGCAGAUUCUGGGUCAACCACGAUAUAUUUCGAAUCACCCCGUUGUCCGCUGUUAUCAAAGACGUGAGAAACUUUUUGAACGUUGCUAGGGGAGAGGUCGUCAUCAUGGACUUCCACAGAUUUCCAGUGGGAUUCGAGGGAAGGCUGUGUAGGCAUCGACGAUUGGUCAGAAUUCUUAAUCGUGAAUUCAAAGGACUGAUUCUAAAACCUGACAUGGGGGUCGAAGGUCUUGGUCCAACCUUGAAUGAUAUUUGGACCGAUGGGAAACGUUUGAUAAUCUGCUACGGCGAUAAACACACCGUUAAUGAGUAUUACUGGCUCUGGCCUGCGAUGUCCCAAGCCUGGGGCAAUCAACAGACGGUAGAGGGCCUGUUCAAGUAUUUGGAAGACGUGAUCAUAGGACCGAAAAGGUUCAGCCAGAACCCAUUGUGGGCGUUGAUGGCGGAACUGACGCCACAUUUUCAGAACAUGCUCUUUAAUCUAUCCGGUGGACUGCGGGAGAUGGCAGAUUCCGUGAACAGGAAUCUGACGCUGAAGUUCCAGGAGGAGUGGUGGAACGAGACCAACAUAGUAGCCACGGACUUUUUCCUCGGGAACAGUCUGAUCGACGUGUCGAUAGAGGCGAAUAUCAAGAAGAGAUUGUAUUUUAAUUAGAUUCGUCGACGAUAAAGGAGCUCUGAUGAAAAAGAUGAUUUGUUCGGAAGCUUGGCCCUGUAUCCUGUUGCUGUCUUGUAUAGAAGAUUCGCCGAAUUCUAAUCACUAGACCGCGGAUGUUUAUGCAUUUAUGGGAAAUUUGAAUCCUCAAAAAACUACAGAAUGCAUUUAAUAUGCAAAAAUAUAAGAAAUACUUAACACUUUACCGA